CUCAUAAUCUUUGCCCACUAUCUGACCACACAGAGAGGCUCGGGAGUGGAGGAGAGGACGGCCUCUCUGGUUUUCUGCUGCUGUUUGUCUUCAAAUCAUGGGAUAGUAACAGCAUUUUUGUCUCAGGGUUUUUGUACUCAGAUUUGGACAAUGACUGUUGAGCACUGUGGACACUUUUCCUCUCAUCUCCUCAUGGGAUUACCACAGGAAUAGUGUGUGUGCAUGUGCUUAUGUGUGUGUCCUUCCAGCACUAUGCCUGCUUCUGAUAGUAUUGGGUCUAGCAGCAGGAGUGGAUCAUCAUGAGAGGGGGUCACCACCAGCGAGGGUGUGGGUGUCAGCACCUGUUCAGAAAACUGCUCAGCAAAUGUGGCUGCUGCUUUGUCCGAGUCAGAGCAGAGUCGUACUCUAUGGCGGGCAGUGAUGGUAGUAUCGCCCCAUCAGUGGGCUCUGUGCCCCACCAGGCCUCAGGCAGCUCCAGCCCCGGCUCACACUCCUCAUCUGGAGGAUCACGGCACCCUGUCAGUGCCCUGAAGAAGUGGCUCACCAACCCCGUCCGCAAACUGAGCUCUGAUGCCAGAGGAGGAGCAGGAAAAGUCGAGAAGCAGAUGUGCAGGUCAGACGGGAGGCAGCCGCCUUUGCUUCUUUCCCACAGUGAGGCUCAGCCGAGGCCCCUGGAACCGCACGGUAACUACACCAUCCUCCCCUCUGGAGACACGGUGAGGAGAGACAGUUUGGCAAGUCCAGCAGCUUCUUCUCCUAUACAGCCGUCGUGUCAGAGCCACUUAUCUGACCUCCUGCAGGACAGAGACACACGGAGUCUAAGUCAAAAAUCCAGCAUCAACACUCUCCAGGGAGAAGACAGCUGUACUGUGACUGACGACUCAGGUAGUCAGUGGUCUGCCAUGGUGGACAGCGAAGAGGAGAGAAACAUUGCCUUAGAGAAGAGCAUAUAUGUGCUGACAGAACUCAUAGAGACAGAACGGCUGUAUGUGGAAGAUCUCGGCCUCAUAGUGCAGGGCUACAUGGUCACCAUGGCCAAUCAAGGAGUUCCAGAGGACAUGAAGGGGAAGGACAGGAUUGUGUUUGGAAACAUCCACCAGAUCUACGACUGGCAUAAAGAUUAUUUCCUGGCAGAGCUGGAGAAAUGUGUGGGUGAUCCAGACAGCUUGGCCCAGCUCUUCAUCAAACAUGAACGACGUCUUCACAUGUACGUGGUUUACUGUCAGAACAAACCCAAGUCAGAGCACAUUGUCUCUGAGUACAUUGAGACCUACUUUGAGGAUCUCAGGCAGCAGUUGGGUCACAGGCUGCAGCUCAAUGACCUGCUCAUCAAACCUGUCCAGAGGAUCAUGAAGUAUCAGCUGCUGCUGAAGGACUUCCUGAAGUACUACAGUAAAGCGGGAAGGGAUGUUGUGGAGCUGCAGAAGGCCGUGGAGGUGAUGUGUUUCGUGCCAAAACGCUGUAAUGAUAUGAUGAAUGUAGGCAGGCUCCAAGGUUUCGAGGGUAAAAUCACAGCUCAGGGGAAGCUGCUGCAGCAGGAUACAUUCUCUGUCAGCGAGCAGGAAAGUGGCUUCCUGUCCAGAGCGAGGGAGAGGCGGGUCUUCCUGUUCGAGCAGCUGGUCAUCUUCAGUGAGCCAAUUGACAAGAAAAAAGGCUUCUCGUUGCCAGGGUACACGUUUAAAAACAGCAUCAAGGUCAGCUGUUUGGGCGUGGAGGAGCACUCUGAGGAAGAUCCAUGCUGUCUGGUCCUGACCUCUCGGGGGACUGACAGCAGUGUGACACGCUUCAUCAUGCAGGCAUUAUCUCCGGAAAUACAGCUGGCUUGGCUUAAUGACGUGGUCCAGAUCUUAGAGACUCAGAGGAACUUCCUUAAUGCCCUCCAGUCCCCGAUAGAGUACCAACGCAGGGAAAGCAAGUCAAACAGUCUGGGCAGGAACAUGAAGUCUCCAACUGCGUCAGCAUCUGGCCUGCGACCUCACUCCUCGGCAUCCAUGGACCGACGUCAGCAGCCCCGCCUGCUUUCUUACAACGCCUCCCUGCCCUCUCUUCAUCCGCCCAAACACUGCCCUGCCUCGAAGGCGGUUUCCAACCCUUGUGCUGUGACACCUCGAGCAGCUCACUCGCCACUGUCCUCCCACAAUCAGCUCAGUUUGUGCACAGAGGUGAGACACGACCGUGAGACGUCUAACGGUCUGACGCCCUGCAGCCAGCACAGCAUGCAGGGUGUGACUGCUAAUUUCCAGGCAGUCACAUUUAAGGGUGAGGGUGGGACUUAUUCAUCACAUGGAUCAAACAACCUGGAUCAGCUCACAGAGAGCGAGCAGUAAUGCCCCACGAUGAAACACAAACUCACUUUACCCUUCUGAAGUGGGAGUGCCUCGACCGAGUCAGAGUGCUCUGUCAGCGUUGUUUGACUUGUUUCACUCCUACAAAGAAGUUAUCAAGGUAUCAGUGUCUCCAUCUUCACAUUUUUUCCCAAAUUUCCUUCCAAGUUUCUUUCAAAUCCCAUCAUGGUGCAGGCUAAUCUGGAUUUGAUCUUGGUUUGAUUGUGUUCGUCAGAGUGUGUGUGCGUACACUGCAUAUACACAUCUACAGGUGGUGAUGACAGAUGAGAUGAAGUGUGUGAAAAGAUGUUGUUGAAGCACCACAGGGACUUCAUGUACUUCAUAUUGUAUAUGUAUAAAUUUCUUACUUUUUCCACUGAAAUUUCCUGAUGGAUAUUUUUGUAAUGCAUAAUAUUUUUCAUAAGGGACCAAUUCCUUUUUUUCCGCAAGAGUACUGGGCUCUCACAUCCCUUAACACAGUCGUACUCGCUUUCCUGAAAUGGCUGUAUCCUUGACUUCACUGGGUGACUGUAGAUUCCAGUUUCACUGUGGGAUCUGAAUCCUUUCGAGCUGUGAAGUAUGUCUGUGUAUUCCCUGAAGAUUAGCAAAUAUCUUGUGUUUUUCCCGUUGGUGGGCUAUUUUAACCCUGCCAUUGUUAGAGUGUUAUCUGAACUAAACACACAACAACUCACACAAAGCGCGUGUCAUAAUCGAGCAGAAAGAGGAAAAAGGGAACAAAGAUAAAACAGAGGUGCUCAUAUGUCACUGUCAUCUUGAAUGUAAAUAAUCUCAUGUGGAAUCAUAUCAAUAAAACUUGUUGUGUCUGAUACACACAGAAUUAAAGAGAAAUGCUGUUCA